CAAUUUUGCACCUGCUCCACCCACGUAUUCUAGGCAGAUGGCAUACGUUACGGGCGGUCACGUGACACGCGGGCCCUUUGCCCGUGCGCGUCUUGCGCGGAUGCUCUCGCGCUUGCUGGCGCGGCUCGACAUUCCGGAUCUGGCCAUCGAGCGGUCCAUCUCAAAUAUCGAGGCGGCGCUUCCGGACGAGAUUUCCGUGGACGAGCUUCUUGGGUUGGUGGCGGAGUCCUUGGCUCUGCGCGUCACCGAAGAACCGCUUUUUGCCGACUUGGCGGGCAUGGUGGAGGCACUCCGCGUGCGCAGAAAAGUGCCCUUGCUGUUUGCGCAGAACUUCCAGUGUUUGUACGACUACGUGCACCCCAAAACGGGCACGGAAUACCCGCUAGUGGCGGCGGCGGCCAACGCGUUUGUACAGAAACACGCCGAGCUGCUCGACCGCGCAAUCGCGGCGGAAAGAGACUUCCACUUGUCGUUUUUCGGCAUGCGCACGCUCUCCAGCUCGUAUCUCCUCAAGAGAAACGGCGUGGUUGCCGAAACCCCGCAGUAUUUGUUUAUGCGGGUGGCUGUGGGAAUCCACGGCGUGGCGCCGGAGUCGGGGCCGGAGUCGGCGCUCGCCAAAGUCAAGGAAACGUACGAGGCCAUGUCCUCCAAGCACUUUGUGCAUUCGUCGCCCACGCUCUUCAACGCGGCCACAGAGAACAACUAUCUCUCGCUGUGUUUCCUUGUGGCCAUGGACGACGACUCCAUCGACGGCAUCUACAAAGCGCUCCACAAGGCGGCGCUCAUUCUGAAGGGCACGGGCGGCAUAGGCAUCCACAUGCACGACAUCCGUUCCAAAGGCUCCCUCAUAAAGUCGUCCAACGGAACGUCCAACGGCUUGGUGCCGAUGCUCCGCGUGUUCAACAACACCGCCAGGUAUGUGGACCAAGGCGGAAACAAAAGACCGGGUGCGAUAGCAGUGUACCUAGAGCCCUGGCACGGCGACAUCCAAGAAGUCUUGGACCUCCGCAAAAACCACGGCCAGGAGGAGCUCCGGGCCCGUGAUCUUUUCUACGCCUUGUGGAUUCCCGAUUUGUUCAUGCAGCGUGUCGAGAGCGAUGCCCUGUGGUCCCUAUUCUCGCCGAGCGAGGCUCCCGGGCUCGCGGAUGUGUAUGGAGAAGAGUUUCUGGCGUUGUACGAAAAACAUGAAGCUGCCGGGCUCGCGUGCCGCACCAUGCCCGCGCGAAAGCUCUGGCUUCAGAUAUUGGAGACGCAGAUCGAAACCGGCAUGCCGUUCAUGCUCUACAAAGACGCGUGCAACAGAAAGCUGAACCAAAAGAACUUGGGGACCAUCAAAUCGUCCAACUUGUGCUGCGAGAUUGUGGAGUACUCGUCCAGGGGCGAAACCGCGGUCUGCAACUUGGGCCUGUUGGCUCUACCGUCAUACAUCAGACUGUCUGGUGGUCUGCUCACUUUCGACUUUGUCAAAUUGCACGCCUACACUAAGAUCCUAGCACGGAACCUCGACAAGGUGAUCGACGUCACGUUAUACCUGCUUGAAGAUGCCCGCGAAUCGAACUUCAAACACAGACCCAUAGCCAUAGGCGUACAGGGCCUUGCGGACGUCUUCAUGGAGCUCCGCUUACCCUUCGAAUCGCCUGAGGCCCAAGCUUUGAACCGACAGAUUUUCGAAACGAUCUACCAUGGGGCCGUUGAGGCGUCCUUGGAAAUGGCAAUGGAGUUGGGAUCCUACAGCAGCUUUGCUGGGUCGCCAGCCUCAGAGGGCAAACUACAGUUUGAUCUAUGGAAUCAUAAGCCCGAGUUUUUCGAUGACUGGGAUCAGUUGAAGAGCAAAGUAAUGGUGCACGGCCUCCGCAACUCCUUGUUGGUGGCCCCGAUGCCCACAGCGUCCACUUCGCAAAUCCUUGGGUUCAACGAGUGCUUCGAGCCUUACACGUCCAACUUGUACCUGCGCCGUGUGCUUUCAGGUGAAUAUCAAGUUGUGAACAAGUAUCUCAUCCAAGACCUAAAAGCCCUUGGUAUCUGGAACACCGCAGUGAAGCAAAAGAUUGUCAUAGACAACGGCCUGAUCCAAAACAUCCUGGUGAUACCCGAUGACUUGAAGGCUUUGUACAAGACUGUAUGGGAGGUCAGUCAGAAGAGCAUUGUCAACAUGGCCGCUGAUCGCGGCUGCUUCAUUGACCAGCUGCAAAGUAUGAACAUCUUCAUGAAAAACCCCAGCAUCGGGGCGUUGACAUCGUGUCAUUUCUACGCGUGGAAAAAGGGGCUCAAAACGGGCAUGUACUAUUUAAGAUCACAGGCCGCUUCACGGGCCAUUCAAUUCACUGUUGACGAACAAGAAACCGAGGAGGCUUUGACUGCCAUGACCAAGCCCGAUACCCAGAAAUUGAUGAGAAGGGCAUAUAUACCCCAGAUGGAAUUUUCGAGGCAAUACGAUGAAAUGUCCGUCAAAGAUGGCAAACACACUUCCAAACGAGUAAGAGAGGCGGACCCCCCAUUUCCAGGUCCAUCGAGCCCGAAGUCUGUGACUCAGACACACAAGAUACCCAGAGUGGCCUCGAAUGCCGAAGCGAAUGGCCACGAAUUGCGUAUAACUAAGAAAGGCCACAAAGCGCCCCUCGAGCGGGAGCCCGCUCGCAAGUUCAGGGAGCAAGAAAAUGACAUCCACGAUAUAUUUGACCCCACCCCCAGAGUGUGUCAAAUCAACUACGCGGGGGCCUGCGACUCUUGCUCCGGUUAGAGCGCCGCCACAUGUAUAUAGCAAAUGAAACUUGUGAAUAACCACUGGAACUAGUGUAUUAGCAAUAUGAGUAUAUACCUGCAAUUCCUUGUGGCUCAAUGCAAAUGAUGACCUGGGUGGCAGGGACUUGGAAGAACGCG